AACCCGAGAACUUGAAAAGCUCCAAUCACUUUCCUUCACUGUCUGAAAAUUCUCCGCCCUCUUUUUUUCCCCCUCUUUCCCGAGAAAAAUUCGCGCAUGCACAGUCAGAAAUUCAAUUCAUUCACUUUCUAGGCAAAUGAGUAGCAGAGGUGGUGGAACUACAGAUACUCCUUUUCUAAGGAACUACAGGCUUGGUAAAACUCUUGGCCAUGGAUCCUUCGGUAAAGUUAAAAUUGCUGAGCAUUUGCAGACUGGGCACAAAGUGGCUAUCAAAAUCCUUAACCGUCGAAAAAUGAAGACUCCCGACAUGGAGGAAAAAUUGAGAAGAGAAAUAAAAAUAUGUAGAUUAUUUGUGCAUCCACAUGUCAUACGACUCUACGAAGUAAUAGAGACACCAUCGGAUAUAUAUGUUGUGAUGGAGUAUGUUAAGUCUGGUGAACUCUUUGAUUAUAUUGUAGAAAAGGGCAGGUUACAGGAAGAUGAAGCUCGCCAUUUUUUUCAGCAGAUUAUUGCUGGUGUAGAGUACUGCCAUAGGAAUAGGGUGGUUCAUCGGGACCUUAAGCCUGAGAAUCUGCUUUUGGAUGCAAGACGCAAUGUAAAAAUAGCAGAUUUUGGCUUGAGCAACAUUAUGCGAGAUGGCCAUUUUCUGAAGACAAGUUGUGGAAGUCCAAAUUAUGCAGCCCCUGAGGUUGUCUCUGGGAAACUUUAUGCUGGUCCCGAGGUAGAUGUUUGGAGUUGUGGCGUUAUCUUAUAUGCUCUUCUUUGUGGUACACUUCCUUUUGACGAUGAGAAUAUUCCUAACCUUUUCAAGAAAAUAAAGAGUGGGCUCUACACCCUUCCAAGUCAUCUAUCAGCUGGAGCUAGGGAUUUGAUACCAAGGAUGCUAAUUGUUGACCCUAUGAAGCGGAUAACCAUGGCUGAUAUUCGUCAGCACCAGUGGUUCAAAAUUCAUCUUCCUCGGUAUUUGGCCGUCCCUCCACCUGAUGCUAUGCAACAUCUCAAAAAGCUUGACGAGGAAAUUCUCCAGCAAGUAAUGAGGAUGGGGUUUGAUAGAGACCAGUUGCUCGAAUCUUUGCAAAAGAGAAUACAAGACGAUGUACGUUGCUUCUUACAUCAUUACCUCUGACUCUGUCUCUUGGCA